UUAAGCCCAAAUUAUAAUUAAAAAAUUAAAAAAAAAAAUUGGGUAAGAGUUGGGUUCUUUGUAGCCCUACGGAGGAGGCGCCUCUUGCGACGAUUCUUCUUCUUUCUCUCCCUUUCCCACGGUGAAUUGUUUCUUCUCAGACCAAAUUCAGUCAAAAUCAGCCUUGAGAGAGAGAUCUAUUCUUGUUCUUCGCCUCUGUGGCCGUGCUUGCGUAGCCGGCGAAGCAAAGCUCCCAUCAUACCCCAUCGCCGAAGAAGAAGCCAUGGCAGGAGUAGGACCGAUGACUCAUGAUUGGGAGCCCGUGGUGAUCCGUAAGAAGACUCCCAACGCUGCCGCCAAGCGCGACGAGAAGACUGUCAACGCUGCUCGGAGAAGCGGCGCCGAAAUCGAAUCCGUCAGAAAACACAAUGCUGGAAUGAACAAGGCGGCUUCAAGUGGCACCUCUUUGAACACCAAGAGGCUUGAUGAUGACACUGAGAACUUAGCUCAUGAACGUGUGCCAAUUGAGUUGAAGAAAGCAAUCAUGCAAACCCGAGGGGAGAAGAAGCUCACCCAGUCCCAACUCGCUCAAAACGAAGAUAUUACGACGGUCACGCUUUUCUCUCUCCCCUUUUUUCUCUGAAACAAAACAAAACAAAUCUAGAUCUGAGAUUUCUUGGCAGUCGGCGGCGUUUGUUCCCUUUGCAGUCGGCCUCCCUUCCCACAAAUGCUCUCCUCCGACACUAUACUCUCGAUUCGAGAUGCAUGUGUCUGAAAGGUUGGGUCUUGGAUUCCGUUGGAGUCAUGGCGAGUUUCCGGUGAGUUGGUGUGCGGAGGGAGUCGGCCCGAGCUUAAACGACGGAACAGUCACAGAUGGGGUCUCUUGGUAGCGGCUUCUCCCUUCCUUCUCCGAGAUCCGGAUGGUCCCUGUCGCGGUGGACCUUAACGAAAGCUCCUCGGUCCUGGUGGUUCGUCGAGUCCAAAGACCGGAGGUCUCUGCUAGAGGGCGGCGGAGACGAGGUCUAGGGUCUGUUGGAGGCGGAGGUUUCUUGGCCGGUUUGAAUCUGGGGUGGAGCGUGACUGGAUAGGGUUUUGAAGAAGCGAGACGUCAACGAGAGGAGCAGAGGUUUUAGUUUUGAGGCUAGGUCUUCGGAUCCGGUGUUGUGGUCGCGGGGUUCCUCUGGGAGCGGUUCCGCCUUAAAAGCCUCCAAGGCGGCGGAUCUGUGGGUUGGUUUCGGACAUACCAGCCCCGGUGAGGCUUACGGCGAGGUCUGAUUUGGUUUGGCCGUUCAUGUCCGUCGGAGAAGGUGGUCUAGUACCUCCGGAACUUUCUUUCCCACCAUAUUCUUCUUCUCUGUAAUUCUGUAGCUUAAUUGCAAUGUUGUAAUGUCUCUUGUUUCUUCUUCUUCUUCCUUUAGAUAGUCGCAAUUUUCUACUGGACCGCCGAAUGUAACCUUUUCCGUUUUACCUUUUUGGGGUUAUAUUACUAUAUUAGGAUAAGACCCGCUCAAUGUUAUUAUUUUUAUUAUAUUUUAGAGAAUGAAACAAUAGUUUGGCUUCA